AUGUCCAAUUACGGCGUGGCUUCAAAGCCACUGCUGCAAUGCCUGCGUCAAUCGUAUGGCAAGAGCAUCUCGAUUGCUUCAUUACAAUCAGCGCGUUCGUUCCAGACGACGGCGGUCUCCCACGAGGAAGCCCAGACCGAAGACACCGCCGCCGCAGCAGCAGCCAAACCAGAGCCAUUCUACAAAACCCCUGACCCUUCGCUAGUCAGCAGCCCUCGGCUUGAAAAGAGACUUAUCCGGUCUGGCGUCGCUCUUGUCGGCUCGCGAAGACGCCGUGCGGCCCUGCAGGGCUCUGAAAACCUGCCGUUUGAGUUGCUGCCGUACCAAUGUUUCCAGGAGGCUCGCAAGGUGCUGCAGGCGGACCGGGAAGAGAAGCUGAAGUCUAUCAGUCGAGAACAGGCUAGAAUUGAGAGGCUGCAGGCUCUGACUGAUGAGCAGGCCGGCGGUGCCAAUGUGAAGAGGUCGAAGCUCGGGAGCAUGGAAAAGCACUUGAACAACCUCAAGGUGUGGGCCGAUAUCAACGAUCCAUUGAUCAAGAGGACAUUCGAAGAUGGCGAAGGCGACAUGAACCUGCCCAUCUAUCGACAUCUCGCCAACGAGAAAUGGCGCAAAUACCAACACAAGAUUAUCGUGCAGAGAAUUACCCAAAUGAAGGUCAUCCCCGACGUCCUCCCGCACUGCGAUCCCGUCGUCGAUGUCAAAUUAUAUUUCAACCGCAAAAUCGUCCAGCCAGGCGCGUUUGUCGACUCCAAAAUCAGCAUGUCUACGCCCAAGCUGAAUGUGCAAUCCUUUGAGGCCGGCGAAAAGCUCGUCACGAUUGCAGUGGUCAACCCGGACAUUCCAAACGUGGAGACAAACGGCUUCGACUACCAAUGCCAUUAUCUUGCCGUCAACAUCCCCAUCUCUCCCACCAACACACAAGUCGACCUAGCCGACCUGGCCGAGGGAGCCGAAGUGUUGCUCCCAUGGCUUCCGCCCGCGGCCCAAAAGGGAAGUCCAUACCACCGUUUGCCCCUGUUUAUCAUGGAGCAAAAGGACAACAAGCCACUGGACGCCGAGGCCAUCAAAGCAAGGGGACUAGCCAGAGAAGAUCUCCGUCUUCGAACUCUCCAGACAAGACACAAGCUGACACCUAUUGGCGCCCACUUGUUCCGUACCCAAUGGGACGAGAACACGGAUGAGGUGAUGAAUGAGCUGGGCAUGGAGAUUGCCGGAUUUGAGCUGCGCAGGAAGAGAAGUGAGGCGCUGCCGUACAAGCGGAGAAACCCGGCUUCGUUCCGGUAA